CUGCCAAACCCAAAACUCUUAUCACAUUGUUCUCUGCCAAUUUCAUAUCUACUCUCACCUCAUCGCCAGUUACCACUCAACUCUCUGCACCUUACAUGUUUGUGAAAUUGCCCAAAUGGCUUUCUCUUCCUGUCUAAAAUGCUAUCCUUUGUCUCUACCGCAUUCCAUAAACUACCACCCACCACCGCUCUCAUUCUCUCACAAACCCACCUCCAAUUCCUUCAUCUCCUUCGCCUCCACACAACACCAUGACCAAGUCACAACCCUUUCUCCACUCUCCAAUUCAACUCCACCCACUACUCUCUCUCAGCUCCCUUCAGACUUCACCCCAAAGCAACUCCUUGACACCCUUCGCCGCCAAACCGACGAGUCUUCAGCCCUUCGCAUAUUCGAAUGGGCCUCGAAGCAGUCCAGCUUCACACCCAGUUCGGCCAUAUACGAGGAGAUUCUUCGUAAGCUUGGAAAGGUGGGGUCUUUCGAAUCGAUGAGAAGUGUCUUGGAAGAAAUGAAACUCGCGGGGUGUGAGAUUAGUACAGGUACUUUCUUGAUUUUUAUUAUGAGCUAUGCAGAGUUUGAAUUAUAUGAUGAAAUUGUUGGUGUUGUGGAAAUGAUGGAGAAUGAGUUUGGCUUAAAACCUGACACGCAUUUUUGUAACUUCUUGUUGAAUGUUCUUGUUGAUGGUAAUAAGCUUAAACUAGUUGAAACCAUGCAUUCGAGUAUGGUUAGUAGAGGAAUUAAGCCAGAUGUUUCCACUUUUAAUGUAUUGAUAAAGGCUCUUUGUAAAGCUCAUCAAAUUAGGCCGGCCAUUUUGAUGAUGGAAGAGAUGCCAAACUAUGGUUUGUCACCGGAUGAGAAAACGUUCACCACGCUAAUGCAAGGGUAUAUCGAGGAAGGUAAUAUUAGUGGUGCAUUGAGAAUUAGAGAACAAAUGGUAGAAGUUGGUUGCCCAUGUACCAGUGUGACAGUAAAUGUUUUGAUUAAUGGGUUGUGCAAAGAGGGUAGGAUUGAGGAAGCGUUGAGUUUUGUUCAGGAGAUGUCAAAUGAGGGCUUCCGUCCCGAUCAGUUUACGUUCAACACUUUGGUUAAUGGUUUGUGCCGGGCGGGACAUGUCAAACAUGCUUUAGAGGUUAUGGAUGUAAUGCUGCAGGAAGGGUUUGAUCCGGAUAUAUUUACGUACAACUCUUUGAUUUCUGGGUUGUGUAAAUUGGGUGAAGUUGAAGAGGCAAAGGAAGUUCUUAAUCAGAUGGUUUUGAGGGAUUGUUCCCCUAACACUAUCACUUAUAACACUCUAAUUAGCACCUUGUGUAAGGAGAACCGAGUUGAAGAGGCCACUGAACUUAUUCGUGUUCUUACAAGCAAGGGAAUUUUACCUGAUGUUUGUACGUUUAAUUCUCUGAUUCAAGGACUCUGUUUGACUAGUAAUCAUAGAAUGGCAAUGGAGCUAUUUGAGGAGAUGAAGAAGAAAGGGUGUCAACCUGAUGAAUUUACUUACAAUAUUUUGAUUGACAGCCUCUGUUCUAGGGGGAGACUUGAGAAAGCUUUGAGCUUGCUGAAAGAGAUGGAGUCAAGUGGCUGCUCACGGAAUGUUUUUAUAUACAAUACUUUGAUAGAUGGGUUUUGCAAAAACAAGAGAAUUGAGGAUGCGGAGGAAAUUUUUGAUCAGAUGGAACUCCUAGGGGUUUCAAGAAAUUCAGUGACCUACAACAGCCUUAUUGAUGGUCUUUGUAAGAGCAGGAGGAUGGAAGAGGCCUCUCAGCUUAUGGAUCAAAUGAUAAUGGAAGGAUUGAAACCUGACAAGUUCACAUACAAUUCCCUGCUCACAUUCUUCUGCAGAGAUGGUGAUAUAAAGAAGGCAGCAGAUAUUGUUCAAAGUAUGACUUCAAAUGGGUGUGAACCAGACAUUGUCACUUAUGGGACUCUUAUUGGGGGCUUGUGCAGGGCAGGUAGAAUUGAGGUUGCAAGUAGGCUCCUCAGAACUGUUCAGAUGAAAGGAAUGGUCCCGAGUCCACCGGCUUAUAAUCCUGUAAUUCAAGCACUAUUUAAGCAAAAGAGAGCAAAAGAAGGCAUGAUGCUUUUUAGAGAAAUGAUGGAGAAGGGUGAUCCUCCUGAUGCCGUUACGUAUAAAAUUGUUUUUCGUGGGCUUUGCAAUGGUGGAGGACCAAUUGGGGAAGCUGUUGAUUUCGUGGUUGAGAUGAUGGAGAAAGGAUUUGUUCCACAAUUUUCAUCAUUCAUUUUGCUGGCUGAAGGACUUUGCGCUUUAGCCAUGGAGGACACCCUAAUCAAACUUGUUGAUAUGGUCAUGGAGAAAGCAGGCUUCUCAGACAGUGAGGUUUCCAUGAUAAGGGGGUUUCUCAAAAUCCAUAAAUUUCAAGAUGCCUUGGCCACUCUUGGUGAUAUUUUAGAUAGCCGAAAUCCCAGAAAAGCUUACAGGUGAAGAUGCAAUUAAAAUGCUACGUGCUAGUUGGUAGGAGGAUAGAGGCUAUGUUUCCUGAUUUCUAAUUUGAAAAUUUUGGAUUACUUUCAGUCCAGUAGGUGAUGCUGUACUAAGGUAAUGAAGAUAAUGAAAGGGAUUUUAGAGGAUGACAUGCUGGACUUGUAAGGGGUUGAGUCAAUAAAAUAGUAAUGUUGGUUCUCUUUGGUUGGCCUCAUGGAGGAGACUCCCUCCUACAUAUUCAUCUGAAAAAAGACUUCCUCUUGCAAUUUCAGUGUCAACAUUUGCAGAAGAAAAAGAUCAGAAAUUGUCUUUGUAUUAAGUUGGCUCGUGUACCAUUUCAGAGCGAAUACCAUUGUUUCUGGUCCUGAAUUUCUUGUAAUAAUGUGUGAAUGCAUUCAGGCUGUAGGGUCAACUUGUGGAUUGGUACAGAAACAUUGCCUAUCAACAGGUUCAAGCUUCCAGUUAUACCCAUGAGGAUGUUUAUAUGUAAAUUAGACAUAACUAUUAAAAAAGAACGAAUUUAGCAAGCUUGAUCGAGUAGCAUGUAGUAUGUCUUAGGCAUUACUCCCUUCUCUUCAAUGCAUAAUUUGUUAUUUACUUAUUUA